AGAGCUCCACUGAUGCAAAACUAACGACGCACGCAUGCAAACAAGAUUUCAAAAGCAAGGUUCCAUACUCAACUGUCAUAAUUAGGAAACAAGGUUCUAAUACGAUAAGGACUCGUCUUUGAAGGAGCAAAGUCUAGACGAAAUGGAAGACAAAGUUAACACAUACUUGAUCGUUCCUACCGAAAACGUAGUCAAUGUAUCGCCACCCUGUCUUAAACUGGAAACAUUCUUACGUAUGGCAAACAUCCCUUACAACCCCAUUCGUGGCUGGAGGCCCUCUACUAAAGGCAAGAUGCCUUGGAUCGAGUAUAAAGGAAAGGAUGUUGCAGAUUCUAAUUUCAGUAUCCAGUAUCUCAGUAAAGAGUUUGGUGUUGAUGUUGAUGAGCACUUGACUGCAGAACAAAAAGCUGUGGCUACGGCUUUUCUUGUCAUGUUGGAAGAAAACACCUACUGGACAUUGGCCUACUAUUUAUGGUUGACAGAUCAUUCAGUUAAGAUACGAGAAAGGCUGUUUCAAGACUAUUCCACGCCAAUGAAAUAUGUUCUCUUUAAACUCACUCAAAGAACCAUCCGUGGAUACCUUCAUGGGCAUGGAAUUGGCAGGCACACUGAAGAGGAACUCUAUGGAAUAGCUGAACGUGAUCUAAGAGCCGUGUCUGCUUAUCUUGGAGAAAAGAAGUUCCUGUUUGGGGACAAGCCUUGUUUGACAGAUGCUGUGAUCUUUGGUAUCGUGGGGCCUUUCAUAUGGGAAGUGCCAGAAUCUCCUCAAGGGAUGCUGAUAACAAAGGAGCUCACAAAUCUGGUGGAGCAUGCGCAGCACAUGAAAGAGACGUACUUUCCUGACUGGGAACAACUACUUUUCAAGCAACAGGCAUCUGAGUAAAGAAAACACUUUUCCUUUGCACAAAUGCAAAAAUAUGCGUAUUUUUUUAGGCUGCAACAACGUGUGGAAAUGCUACCCAUUUUAACGAGUAAACAGUUUAAAAGCGAGUUUUCUUGUGUGACAAAAAAGAAAUAAAAUAAAAUAAAAUAAAAUAUU